AUGUUGAAAAAUUCGGGGCAUGGGGCAGACGGUGAACCGAUCAAGCUUCCUGAAAACUUAGAAAGCCUUCCUAGGGCGGAGCACUUCGCCGCCCAACGACACCGUUGGAACACGAAUGAGGAAAUUGCGGCUAUCCUCAUCAGCUUUGACAAGCACACGGAAUGGCAGUCGAAGGAAGUGAAAAUACGGCCAAAGAGCGGGUCGAUGUUGCUGUACAGCCGCAAGAAGGUCCGGUACAGGCGCGACGGGUACUGCUGGAAGAAACGGAAAGACGGAAAGACCACCAGAGAAGACCACAUGAAGUUAAAGGUGCAAGGAACCGAGUGCAUCUACGGUUGUUACGUCCACUCCGCCAUACUACCAACAUUCCAUCGGAGGUGUUACUGGCUUUUGCAGAACCCAGACAUAGUCCUAGUCCACUAUCUGAACGUUCCGUAUCCUGAUGAUAAUAAGUUGGCAACAGUGGCACCAAGUCUUGCGCUAUGGGCUGAUAAAAAGGAAUGGACGAAGGACGAGCUGGUUAGCCAGCUGAAACCUAUGUUCUUUAGCGAAGACGAACACGAUGUCAACAGCGAUUUGGAAAUAUCAGGAAAAAUGUUUCAGACGGCGGAGACUGUGGAGGCCAUCGUGGGGCAGCUGAUGGAGAAGCAGAGAGCAGCCAGAGCAGCGGCCUUAGCUAGACAAUUAGAAUGCGGAUGCCCUGAUUCAACCUGCCAAGAUUCAAGGACAUGUGCCCAUCCGUUACGUCGUAUACAAGCAUCUAAACCACCAGCGUCUGAUCACCACGUCUCCUCAACUACUGGACCAUCACCCAGACCCAUGGCGCAACCCCCACGUCAAUACUCAAGAGAUCACAGGACGUCCACGCAAUCGUCACCUUUGCUUCUAUCGCUAGGCCAAAUACAAGGGGGGGGAGGCUUACUAAUCCUAAACGGCACGAGUAACAAUCAACAGCACUCGUCUCUUGUAUCACCUCUAUCAGUCACGUCUUUCGUCUGCGAAGAGCCAAGGGACAGAUACAGACAGCAGUACAAACCCACCUUCGUACUGAAGAGGGAAAUCCCCGAUAGCCAACCGAGCUCGUGCAUCAAUAAAACGGAAACCUACGAAGUGGAAACUCAAAUAGAACAGAAGGUAGACGUAGAGGGUUUUGAUAGGAAAAUAAAAAUGGAGCCCCGGUCUCGCGGGCAUAUAAUCGCUAGCGCGCCGGCGACGCCGUCUCGCUAUCCUGAUCUAUUAGAACGAUUAGAGAAUAAAGUGCAAGAUAACUGCGACGACACAUUAGUUCUGCUAGGUACGGAUGCGCAUUUAGAAACUUCUAGUGGCUUCUUCGACGAAACUCUAGAGCUGUCUCACGAGGAUAUACAGAAGACGCUGUCUGCAAAUAUGCCAACGUGUGAAUUGGAUAGGAGCGUGGUGAGGUCUACGGAGACUGCUAACGUCAUGGUGUCGGGAAUAGAUACCAUGGAUUUUAUAGAGAGUUGCGAAGCUGUGGCGUCGCCCACGCAUGUGGUCGAUGAUAAUGUAUUUGUCAAUUUGGAUGCCUUUGAUAUGUUAGGUGAUUUCCCUGAGUUAGAAGUACUCGAUCCCAGUUCGAUUUCUGCAAAUCCUAUGUCAUUAUGCGGUAACCACGAGAAGAUGCAGACAGACAGUAUUAAUGAACGGGCUCUAAGCAUCACGGACUACUGUCCUGAGUGGGCGUACCCUGAAGGAGGGGUAAAGGUCCUCGUGGCUGGUCCUUGGUCGGAAACAUCAGAUCAGUACACGGUCUUGUUCGAUAACUUCCCUGUACCAUCGAUUUUAGUGCAGAACGGACUCUUGAGGUGCUACUGUCCAGCCCACGAAGCCGGCUUAGCAGCCCUCCAAGUCGCGCGAGGUGGUCGUGUCGUGUCUGAUACGGUUGUCUUCGAGUACAAAGCUGGUCCAGUACCAGCUCCGACGUCACCAGCGUCUGCGCCGUUGCCUUCUUUGGAUUUCAGGAGGUUCGCUUUGCUGCAACGCUUACAACGCCUGCAUGGAAGGCUGCAGCUGAAGACGGAACCUAUGGAUGACAAUAAUCAGGUCGAGGACGUCCAGCUGUACACAAAUCCAAAAUUCGAAGAUCGCCUCGUCACAUUCUGCCAAUCACUGAGCAAUCGCUCCUCUGGCACAUCCGAAGGUUUUGCAACUGAACCCAGCGAAGAAGGCUCUACUAUACUGCACUUGGCUGCAGCACUGGGCUACACCAAAUUGACGACAGCGCUACUCCGAUGGAGGCAGGAUGAUAAUAGCUUAGCUCUGGAGAAGGAAGUCAAUUUGGGUGCAAGGGACAUUGACAACUGUACACCGCUGAUGGUAGCCAGCGCGGCUGGUCACAUAGACACUGCAGUAGUAUUAGCAAGAUGGAGUGCAGGCACUCGACGAGAAGCUGGAGCGAGGGCUGCUGCAGCUGCAGCACGGAGGGCUGGGCACACCAAGCUCGCUGCACUGCUGGACAGGAUUCAUCCACCAACUGGAGAUGCUGUUUUUCGGAGGCCUCACAGUUUGUCACAGAAGGGUCGGGCUGGUAGCUUAGAAAGUAAUUUGGUCAAACGCCCUUCUAUCGACAGCGGCAUCAACAUGGCUGACGCGUUUCGUUCCAGUUCAGCUAUCGACAGAAGUGACUCGGCGUCUUUAAGGUGGGAGAGAAGUAUGUCGCUACCUUUAGACUCUGACACUUCCGAAGACAGUCUUGGAGACAUGAAGAUCGGCAGGCGCAUGGAUCUGGCCCUCUGGGAGCAGGAUGACAGAGUGUUUACGCUAGCAGAGCAAAUUAUCGCAGCGAUGCCGGAAAGAAUAAAGAACGAAAGCUCUACAUUGCUGUCCGGCUGCGAGCUGGACAGCGGAUCUGGUGGCGGUGAUGACGCGCUGAUGGUGCCACUCCUGGAUGACAGUACAGCCUUCAAUACGGAAUUCAAUUUCGAGUUUUGCGAUAAUACGUAUAGGACAUACUGCGGUGGUUCAACGCCCUGUUCAUCAGGUUCUGUGUCGCCUGGCUCCGCCUUGUCGCCACCACCAGCGUCACCAUUGUCAGCUCUGCCGAGUUCUCCACCAGCUACGCUGCAGGAGUUUCUUAACACUACCACCCAUUUCUCAAGUCUCACACUGAAUGAUCGCGAACAACGUGAGUUGUAUUCGGCUGCCAUAACUAUACAGAAGGCGUACAGGCAGUACCGCGGUCGGCAACUUCAAAGGCGCGCUGCAGCGGCCGCUAUAACCAUACAGAACUGCUACAGGCGGUACAAACAGUUCGCUUACCUGAAGCAAAUGCAUGCAGCAGCUACCGUCAUCCAGCGCGGAUUCCGCUCCCAUCAAGAGCGGCGACACCAGAGUGCCACCGCUACCAUCAAGAGGACUUACUCACAACGACGGCAGAAUCAGGCAGCGAGGAAGAUACAACAGUUCAUGAGACAGACAAAAAUCAAAUUGCAGAGAGAACGAGCCGCAAGCGUGAGGGCGGCCCGGCUGUCGCAGGUUGCCCUCCAAAACUCGUCGCCGCCCACCACCAGUAUACCACACAUGCAUAAUAGGAUCAUCGAUUACUUAGCGCCCGAAUCACCAAUGAACGCUGAUGAUGAGUUAAUCGAGCUUUUAUUUAAAAUGUGA